AUGUCAGAACGAUUUGAAUACGACCCUUUGCCGGAGCCAACCUGCAUCCGCUUGGUAUCCUUUGUUCCUCAGGAUGGUGCCACCUGUCCUCCUCCCCUGACCCAAGGUGAGCCGCUGCUCCAGCUAUCGCUGUGUACGGUGGAUCUGCGGGAUGCCCCGCACUAUGAGGCACUGUCGUAUACCUGGGGAUCGCCAUUCCCUCCAGAGGACUCAAGAUCAAGUGCUUACGAUGACGAGAAUAAUCGCCAGCGAGUAAUAGUCAAUGGUAAUGAACAUGAGAUUGGACGUAACCUCUGGGAGUUCUUGAAUCAACAGCAGCAGACCAACGCGAAUCUCAGGAAAGAGGCCGCCAGAUUGCUUGCGACGGGGCUGGACACCAAUGGACGGACUCCAUUAAUGCGCGCUGUCAUAGAUAGAAGGGUCGAUCUGGCAGAGGCUUUGCUCGCCCUAGGCGCUGAGACCGAGGCACAAGAUAAACAUGGAAAGACGGCACUCCAUUACGCGCUUCCAUGUAGUAUAUUGGAUGUUGAACUCGCAGGGAUACUGGUAUAUCAUGGUGCAGAUAUCUAUGCGCGGACACAAGAAGGGAAAACGCCGUUGGAUAACGCAAAGGAAGACGUGGCUGCGCUGAUCAAGUCCCUCAGCAAAGACCUUGGCGGAAAAGGCUUACCGAGAGGCCUGCGAGUCUCAGCACAGAGGCCUAUGUGGAUUGAUUCUAUUUCGAUCAACCAGAAAGAUACAGCCGAGCGCAAUGAACAAGUCGCUAUGAUGUCAGAUAUAUAUAGCAAGGCGAUGUCAGUCGUCGUGUGGCUGGGUGUGGAGGACGAGCACACCCCUCUUGCACUAAAACUCCUCAAUAGUAACCCCACAUCCUGGCUAGCCUUGAUCUCAGUGAGAGAGUUGGAGUCGUUAGUGGGCGCCAUGAAGGAGCGUUGCAGUCCUAAAGAGAUACUCGAAGCACUGGCUUUUGAGAAGCUUGUGGCGAGGACAUGGUGGUCCCGAACCUGGGUCAUCCAGGAGCUGGCGCUGGCGAAGCGUACUCUGAUCGUUUGUGGCCCAUUCACAACUCACCCGAUGCGAACGGCUUAUAUAUUAUGCAUGCUAUGCUAUGUUCCCUCUCUGGGAUUAUUCGACCAGGUUAGCCCGGCUAUAGACGGUACUGCUGCCUUUGAGAGCGCACUUUUUUCAGGGGUACACGGCAUCGAAGCACUUAUGCUUGCAGAUAUCAGUUUCAGAGCCUCUGCAUACUCAAGAGAGCGGGAAUUCUUCUUGAAGAUGGCUUUACAACUGAAGCGGGCGGUUCCGAAAGGUUUCUGGGGGCAAAGGCUAAGCCUCCAAAACCUAGGAAGGUUAAGUUGGUGGUCCCAGGCCCGCGAUCCGAGAGACAAGGUCUUCGCACUAGUAGGGAUUGCUCGCCCAGAUCCUCAGGACCAGAGGAUUAUUAUAGAUUACACGAUACCCACUGAUAAGCUUUUUGUUCAAUAUGGUCACUUAUUCAUGCAAGGCUCACCCGAGCCGAUCCAGGACCUACACAUUGACGAAUGCUAUUUUUUCGAGCCCCUGGAGGGGCUCGCCUACGUUCAGGACACCCAAAACCCUCAUCCGGAAUUCAAAGACUACAAAGCCAAACUUCCAUCCUGGACUCCGAACUUCAGCGCGAAUCUUGCAACGUGUCGCAUCUGGUCCCGGAAGUUUAGUGCAGCCUUAGGCUUACCCAACAGCCCAAAAGUUCUUCGCCAUUCGGACCCCAAAAUUCUGUGCGUAAGUGGGCAUAUAGUAGACGAUAUUAUAGAAACGGAGCCGACGCAAAACAGGGGUGAUGUACAUCAGCCCCAGGUAAUGGCAUGGCUGGAAUUAAUACAGGCCUUGCAUCCGAUGUACCGGGGAAGGGGCAACUGUGUGGACGCCCUGUGGCAGACAUUAACCGUUGGUAAACUAGACAAGAAUAGAAACUCCGUGCGUGAGGCCUCCCGAGCCUUUAUGUUACGGAAUUUGUCGCAGAGUCCCAUGAAUCCUCAAUUGAAAUCGAUACUCACGAACCUGCGCAAGUCUGGCGCACGAAAAUAUCUGCCCUCGUUUCAGGAGCUUCUAAAACAAGAGCAGAUACUCCUGGAACAAAAGAAGUUGCUCCUGACAAGGGUUCCUCUGCUCUUAAAAACAGUGGAUCUACUCCAGGGACGAAUGCAGCGGUUCCAGGAAAACAAGCAGGAGCUCCUCAAACUAAUGCAGGAGCUCCAAACUCAAGAGUAUACAAUCGACAAAACAAUGAAGUGGCUUCACAAAGCAAGGCACGAGACCGAAAAACUAAUGCAGAAAGUCCAAGAACUAGGACAGGAACAAGGAAAACUAGCAGAGGUGUCCCUGAAGCGAGGACAGAGGAAGUUGGAAGAAAUGCAGGACCUGCAACUUGUGACUCCCGAAUACAGCUCUAAAGGGAUAUUUGACAUUUAUUUGAAGCGGUAUUACAGGUCCAGGUGCCUGUUCCGGACUAGAAAGGGCUAUAUCGGUCUCGGGCCUGUGGGUGUACAACCCGGAGAUGAAAUCUGGCUGUUUGCUACUGCACGGACGCCUUUUAUUCUCCGUCGACCGUCAGAAGGGCCCCUGAAAGUAGGUUCAAAUUCCUCGAUAGCAGAAAGCGAAUGCCGGACAUUUAUCGGAGAGACUUACGUCCAUGGAAUCAUGAAUGGGGAAGCGAUGCGUAACGGUGACUUUCGUCCGGUGUCUCUAAUAUAG